UUCAAUCCCCUUUGCCAAUCGAUCGAGAGAUCCGAGACUUAGCAUUCAAUCAGAGCGCAACCGCCCUCUUUCCCCAGCCGAUGGCGACGACGGAGGAGGACGGGACCGCGCAGCCACCGUCGAAGCGCCUCCGCCGCGACGCCCGAGGCCGAGGCAGAGCGUACGAGGACGCCGCCCCCGCAGGCGCAGGCGUGGAACGGAGGCGGAGGCGCCACCACAGCGACGGCUUGUACGUCAGCGACCCGGACGGCCGCUACCGCUCCGCCACGGCGGGCGCGCGCGACGACGACGAGCUUCCGGAGGCGGAGGCCACCACGCUGGCCCGCUUCGAAGGCGCACCUCAGCUCCGCCCCAUCUCCCCUUUGGUUCCCGCUUGGUAUCCAAGAGCCAUGGAACGGAGGCGGAUGCGGAGGCGCGUCAUCCACCACGAGGCGGAUGCCGCCACGCGGGCCCGCUUACCACAGACCCGCCCUAUCCCCCUUCCCAUUGCUGUGAUCCGAGUCGGGGAGAUGGAGUGGGCAGUAACGGGAGGUGCCGAAGAGUGCGACUACGACGAGGCGCAGGCGUCGUCAAGCACGUCGUCAGUGAUGCGUGGGCAGCCGGUGCCGGUGCCGGUGCAUGGUGUCAUGGACAUUUUCCUUGUCCAGCCGAGAGACCGUGGCGUCCCACCGCCCCGUUUUCAGACGAUUCGUAGCGUGCCUUGGGGGUACUGGGUCGACGAGCUACGUCUUUGGCUGGCUCUGAAGCAGCGCACAGGUGCUUAUCUCCCAGAUAGCUGGAGUUGGGAGUCUGUCAUUGGGGAGCCUGCCUACGGUGGCCAAGGAGCAUGUAUCAUCUACGCUCUUGCGACUUGCAUUCACGCACAGAACUGCAUCGCCUUCGAGCGACGGUAUGGGGCAGGCACCUUCCCGUACAAGCUCAGCGACGUGCGCAUGAAGUACCUCAUCGACGCGUGCCUGGCGGCGGGGGUUUUGAAGCCCGGUGGCGGAUCCGAUGCUUUUAAGGUGCUAAAGCUGAUGCGAGAUCAAGAUCUGUGGGUGCGCACACGAGAGGUCGAGGGCUGGGAGAGAUGCAAUCUCCGGUGCAGCAACUUAGCCCUUCUGAACCUGGAGGCUUGCAUCAACCCACCACCACCCCUCGUCGUUGCACUCUUCAUCCGUGUACACGGGCCGCUCAUGGGUACACUCGACGCCUGCGAUCCUGACUACCUCCUCACCGAGUACAAUGAGGACUACGUGUACCGAGGGAAUUCCCUCGGGAAGUCCCGCGUGCACCACGCUGUCGUCUGCGCGGGUCAUCGGCGCAGGGCACACGGUGAGAUACAUAUCCGCAUCUUGGAUAACAUGAAGAGACAGGGACCGUGGCGGUGGAUCUUCUUUGAUGCCUUCUCCUCCUUUUACGUGAUGGAGGUAGAGCCACUGGAUCGUGCAGUGCUGCAGCACCAGCACAACAACACAUGAUAGCUCUUCUGCAAGACAAAGGUGGUGUUUUGGAAUGAUGAUGCUGUGCUCCUUAAUUAGUGAGAGACCAAAGCAUGCAUACUAUACUGUUCUACUUUUUCUAGUUGCAACUGGCACUACAGUUUUUGUUGUUACAGAUCCCCUUUAUAUACACACCUGGUUGAAUACCAUGUCUGGAACCCAGCUGGUUGAAUAUCUCUUGCAAUU